UUUAGCAUAGAUCACUAUUCCUACUUCCUUGGAUUAGCAAGCAGCUGUAGAGGAAAGUCAUAAUAGACUUCUGUUGGAAGCUUUAGAGAUCCCUCCCCUCAGGAUGACAAGAUUAAAAGUGAUUACUAACACAUGCUCACUAUAUAAUUUAUCUGUUUUCUCCUCUUGUAUUUUAUCUGUUUGACUGGGGCAUUAGUGUACUGACUGUCAUGAUUCAUGCUAAAUUUCUACAUUUCCCACUGUAUCCUGUAUACUACCGAUUCGUAUGAUGCAGUGCAAAAAAUAGCAGCCAGAGCUCUUCUCCUAAUGGGCUCGCAGUCCAGAACAGGCCAAAGGAAAUCAAAAGAUGAAAGUAAUAGAAAAUAAAGGAGGAUAAUGAAUUGUUGUCUUAAGUCACAUGAACACCAGCUUAGUUACAGUUUGAUAUUGGGACUAGAGGUUGUCCCAACGGUUAGAAAGAAGUGAGGCAACUGUAUUCCUUAGUAUGCAUGCAUGCAUGUAUUCAUGUAGUAAAUAAGGACAGAGUCAUUUGAAUAAACAAGAGCUCUUUGGAUAACUAACAGUGGUGGAACUGGAUGAGCAAAUGUCAAAGCAGAGAAAUGUUGAAAUGUGAAAAUGAUGCAAUGAAGAGACAAGGCCAUGGAGCAUUGUACUCAGCUUCAGGAACUUGAGACACAGAUGAGUUAUGUUGGAUCAGAAAGAAAGGCAAUAGAAAGGCAAAUGAAUUAUCAAGAUGAAGCCAUAGCUAGUGCAAAACGUAAUUGUGAAAAUCUGGACAUUGAGAUUACAGCUUUGUGCUCUGAGAAUGUAAAAUUGAAAUUUGACACAGAAGCACUGCAAGAAGAGUUUCAAAUUAUGCACCUAAGAAAUAAUGCCUACUAUGAGAAAAUAACUGCUCACAAAGACCAGUUUGGCAAGGUGGAAAGCAAGUUGCCACUCAUGGUUGAGGUCACUAAAAAAAGAGCUGCAGUCAAAAGGAUGAUGACCCAUAAGGAGGCACUAAUGUCUGCUCUUCAGAAUCUGGAUGCGCAUGCCACUAAUCCAAUCCAGGAUGAAAUUGUUCAUUUGGAAAAUGAAAUUAAUAUAUUGAAAGAUGCUAUCAGUGAAAAAGAAAACAUGCUUCAAGAUGAAAAAAAAGUGCAUGCUAGUCUCCGAAAAGAAAUUGAGAUGCAGAAUAAAAGAUAUGAAGCUAUACUAAAACGUCUGCAUUGUCAAGUGAAUAAACUUCAGUACAACAGAAGGCAACAGAAGUGGCAUAUUCAGCAAAUGGAAGAAAAAGCAGCAGAAUUACGAAAGCUCCUAGGAACAAAUAAUUAAUGGGUCGUUGUGGCCUGCAUCAAACCGUUGUGUGACUAAUGCAUAAAGUUUUUAUUUUCAAUGUGUAGUCUUUCCAGUUACGAUCUAAUAACAAAUUCAUUUUAUACCCACACGUGACUGAAUUUAUGAUGCAAAACCUUGGGGGAAAGUAUCUACUUUCUCCAGGUUUAAGCAUCAUAAAUUCAGCCACUAUGAAAACUAUCCAUUAUCUGAUUGGCUGUACUUGUAAAAUCUUAUUAAUUGCUUUUAGGCCUUACAUAUUGGGCCCCAAAAGCCUCCAGCUAAAGCUCCUUCUAGAACAAUGUAAUGACAUGCAAAACUGUACCUAGUCUGAGUCUGGCAAAUUUGUAAAGCAACAUGUUUAAUUUAACCAGAUAGACAAAUAAUUCAGAUAUUCAAGUACAUGGUUUUUAUGUAGUGAAACAAUACUUAAUAGCUAUAACGUGUCAUGAUUGCAAUCCUAAACCUUCUUCUGUUUUGAGCAACUUGUUUUGAGCAGGCUUAUAUAUGUUUUUUCAGCCUGUGGGGCAAGUUAUUCAGGAUAUGUCUGGAGUGUGAAAUUUGGAAUACAGAAACCAGAGGCUGAGAGAGAGUUGAUAAUCUCUUCCAUUCUACCAAUGCUCUACUCAGACUAGUCCUCUCCGUCCUAAAUGGCUUCCUGAAGAAAAAGUAAGCAUGGGUUCAGGUACAGGGAUUAAGCCUGAGAAUUUGCAAUUUAAAUGUGCUUGCAACUGAGGUUCUACCACUGUAGCUUGGAACUAUUGGAGCUCAUGUUUUUCUAUAUUGAAGGACUUGGCUGAUACCUGUUUCUUUGUGAUUUCAGCAUGAACAAAAAUGAUUGAAUAGAGUGGAACAGAGGAGGCUUCUCUAGUUUUAUACUGUGGGGACACAGAUUGGUUCUUCUGUUUACAGGUAGCAUUUGCUUUGUGUGGCUUAGUCCAUCAAAAAGAUAUGAUUAAAUGCCACUUUCUCUCUCUAAAUGCAUAACAAUGACAGAAGUGGUUCUAAGGUGUUUGCAACCUUGUACUUGUCCUUAAGCAAUCAAAGCAAAACAUUUCAAACCUGUGGGGAUACAUUAAACACUUUAAAUCUCUUUGUACCCAGCUAGGAUUUUGUUGUUUGGUACAAGGUUCAUCUUUGGCGGGGUAUGAAGAGAAAUUGAUGAAAGGAAAUAGAUUCAGCCAGUCCUUGGUAAUGAAAUAACCAGUUCUUCAAUCUUUUUUUUUUUGGUUAGGGCUCAAUUUGGCUGUUGAGCAGCAAUGUAACACACAUUUUAGCUGCAAAUUUAGCUAGAAAAGCAUUAAGCUCUCUAAUAGAAUGUCACCUUUUAUCCUUAAAAGAAAAUUCAAGUGCAUUGCAAAUGUUCUGUAGUGCCAGUUGAAUUUUUACCUGUGUGUUUUCUUUCACUUCUAAAACUAGGGCAUGCUUUUGUAAAAGUGAGUAAAAACAACAUCUUAACCACAACAACAUAUUAAAUGAUACCUUUGUUGUGGUAUAAUUAAUAAGCUAGAAAGGGACCUGCACUAAAACAUCACAUUAAAAUAACUGCUGGACCAAAAGGAUGUUUCUUCAUAUUAAUAGCUUGUUAUUGUUGUUACAGUGUUUUCAAUAUUUCUCAAGUUUAUACAUAGGUUAAAAGUCUUGACUAACCUACCAAAGCCCUCUUACUGUAUCUUAUUGAGCUAAAUUUAUUUCCCUAUUGAAUUCAGUAAGUGGGUGCCCUAGUUUUUUGGGUGACACCCCAUCUGAUGACUUUUUAAAGGGGAGAACAAGAGGAGUGAUUCUUUUCCUUUCAUCUUUCUUCACUGUCCAACUUCCACAACCAUAUAUAAAAAUUGGAACAAUCCUAAAUUUGUUAUUCAGUUAUAUAUCUUUGCACUUGAGGAUCUUGUAUAACUCUUUCAUCGCUGUCCUUCCAAAUCGUAGUCUUCUUCUGAUUUCUUGACUGCAGUCUCCAUUUUGAUUAAUGACUAAGGCAAGGUAUAGGAAAUAUCUCAAUGUCUUUGGUGUCUAAUUUAAAGUUGUGUAAAUAAUCUGUGGUCAUAUGUUAGAAAAGGUGCACAAAAGCUUCAAUUCAGAGAGUACAAAUCUGUAUGAGGAUGUUCUGGCUAUACCUCUAAAUGUGUCACAGUCUUUGUGUUGAAAGCCAACACCUGCCUUGGGAGAGUAAUAGAGGAUGUAAACUCCUAGUUAAACAUGGUUCUGUAACAUUUUGUAUUUUUGUGUAUUAUUAUUUUAUUUGUCCAAUAAAUCUUAUUAUUU